CCUCAAAAAUCUUAUACCAAUCACCACCAUUUCAAUCUUCCUCUUUUCUUUUUAUUCUCUCUCUAAGAUUCUCUGGACAAUGGCUUUCGAAGCUUCCUUGUUGGAGCUCAUGUCAAUGACAUUUGGGUUCUGUUUCUUCACCUUCACAAUCUUGUUUUCUCUGUUUUCUUUGUCAAUCCUUGUGCUGAGGAUGAAGCCUUGGUGCAACUGCGACGUUUGCCAAACUUAUCUUACUUCGAGCUGGACCAGAGAUUUCGAUAAUCUUUGUGAUUGGUACACUCACCUUCUUCGCAGUUCUCCCACUGGAACCAUCCACGUUCACGUUCUUGGAAACAUAAUCACCGCAAACCCAGAUAACGUCGAGCACAUUCUCAAGACCAAGUUCGAUAACUACCCGAAAGGGAAGCAGUUCUCUGCAAUCCUCGGUGAUCUUCUCGGCAAAGGUAUUUUCAAUGUCGAUGGUGACACGUGGAGGUUCCAGAGAAAGCUGGCGAGCGCUGAACUGGGUAGUGUUUCAAUACGGUUGUACGCAUUUGAGCUUGUUAGAGCUGAGAUUAAUUCGCGGUUGAUUCCUCUCUUGUCCUCGAUUGCAAGUGAUCAAGAUAAGGUUUUGGAUUUACAAGAUGUUUUUAGAAGAUUCUCGUUCGACAACAUUUGUAAAUUCUCGUUCGGGUUAGAUCCUGGUUGUCUGAAUCUAUCGCUACCGAUUUCGGACUUCUCUGUCGCAUUCGAUGAGGCAUCGAGAUUGUCGGCACAAAGAGCACUCGCAUCGUCGCCGUUGAUUUGGAAGAUGAAGAGAUUCUUCAAUAUAGGAUCGGAAAAGAAGCUUAAAGAAGCCAUUGAUAUGGUUAACGAGCUUGCUGAGGGGAUGAUAAGUCAACGGCGGAAAACAGGUUUAUCCAACAACAAAGAUCUUCUAUCACGAUUCAUAGGGUCCGUAGAUGAUGACACGUAUCUUCGAGACAUUGUGGUUAGCUUUCUAUUGGCUGGUCGUGACACGGUGGCUUCUGGGCUCAGUAGCUUAAUGUGGUUAAUAUCACAAAACCCAAAAGUCGAGGAAGCGAUUCGGGCCGAGUCAGACAGAGUCAUGGGGACGAGUCAAGAUCUUGAAAGCUUUGAACAGCUUCGUGACAUGCAUUAUUUAAAUGCGGCAGUAUAUGAGAGCUUGAGAUUGUUUCCCCCUGUGCAAUUCGACUCCAAAUUCUCUUUAGAAGAUGACGUACUACCUGACGGCACAUUUGUCAAGGGUGGCACUCGGGUCACUUACCACCCGUUCGCCAUGGGUCGGAUUGAACGGAUUUGGGGCUCCGAUUGUCAUGAAUUCAAACCGGAGAGGUGGUUGAGUAAUGGGGUUUUUGUACCCCAAAACCCAUUUAAGUACACGGUUUUUCAAGCAGGAGCAAGGAUUUGUAUGGGGAAGGAUUUGGCAUUAGUAGAGAUGAAAUGUGUAGCCCUUGCACUUAUUCGGAGAUUCAAUAUUCGGGUAGCGGAUCCGGAUUACGUGCCCCGGUUUUCUCCGGGUCUUACAGCCUCUUUAAGAGGUGGGUUGCCCGUUGGGAUUGAAGAAAGGGAAGUUAUAUGUUCGUGAGGAGUCUUUUUUCUUUUUUGGAUUAAUUUUGUAGCGGUUGAAUACUGCACAUACAAAAUUAGAAUAUUGAAAUAAAUUUUGUUUUAAAAUUGAAUUCACAUGUUCAAAAAAAAGAGAACGAAUGCUUUGAAGCGUGUGGGACCACACCUCAAACUAUUUUCGUCCUCUCGUUACUUUU